AUGCCUGCGGAUCAAAUCCCAACUUCAGGCGUGCUCCCGGACUUUACUCUGCGUGCACAUCCGGCACCCGUAACAGCCGCUGCGUUUGCAUCCGGCGUGACUCCCCCUGUGCUCGCAUCUGCAGAUGAGUCUGGUGGUGUGUUUGUAUGGGAUGUAGUUGCGCGUCGGCCCGUAAGCAUGUUCCGUGCCCAUUCUGCGGCCAUCGUCAAGGUCGAGUUUGUUACGAUCGCAAGCAAAAAUGAACAUCCACAAACAUAUCUGUUAACGCACGGGCGCGACCAUUGCGUGCACGUGUACAACGCAGGCCCUGCGCUGGCGCGGAUUGUAAUGGCACGCAGGAUUGGUGCGCGCAGUUUGGGAGCAAACGGUCCUCCCUCGGCUGUCACGCUUGAUCGCGAGAUUGCCGAAUUGGACCCUUUGGAAAAAGUGUACACGGUCCCCGUAAAUGCACUCAAUUACUGUGGAUUUUCUGUCGCUAUUAUCCAGCAAGAUUCAGAGUCUGAAACUACUGCAACGGUUGUGUUGGCGGUACCUGGAACUACAGCCUCUGAAAACGUGGACGUUUAUACUUUGCGCGUGCCCGGGUUUGAAUUGGCACGGCCGGCUGCGGCCAUCCCCGGGCCUGAAGUUGUUUCCAAGAUCCCUAAAUUUGAGCAAGAUGAGAAUCCAAUUACUGAAGGUCCCCGCCAAAACGGGGCUGGAAUCGUGAUGAGUUUGUGUUUGGUAGACAAACCAUCUCAAAUUUAUCUCGUUGCCGGAUAUGAGAGUGGCCACACGGCUACUUUUAUAAUAAACAAUGUUGGAGGCUCUUCUCCAGACAGUCAACAACAACUACCAUGGAAGUUAUUGGAAUGCAAACAGCUACACACUCAGCCAGUUCUGGCUUUGGCUUUAAGACCACAGAGUCUUGAUCAGAAACACCUCCCAGCUCAAGUUUAUUCCACUGCUGCAGAUGCUCGUAUUGCAUUGACUUUAGUCCCACCAUCUCAAAACCUUUUCCCCUUCAACGUUGUAAGAUUGAGCGCCCCAGGAACUGCAUCAGCAGUUAUACGUAGCGAUGGGAAACUUUUGGCCACGGCUGGGUGGGACGGGCUUGUACGAGUGUUUGAGCUAUUAUUACGUCAAGAUGAUAAAGAAGAAUUACUUGUCUUACAAAAUAAUACAACUAAACAAAAACUACUAAAACCGUUGGCAUCAUUUCCCGGCGGACGUCAAAACGGUGGAAUUACGGCUGUGGCAUUUGGGCCUAUUGAAACAACAAUGGAGCCACAAUCCUCAUUGUCUUUGGUACAAAGACUUUCUAAAAGCAACUCACAUUACCUUGCGGUGGCCGGUAAAGAUGGUCGAAUAGGCAUUUACUCUUUAUAUUGA